GCAGAGAAAUCUGGGCUAAGGAACCAUCUAGAAGCAGACCAUGGGGAUUCGAUUUUGUGUUAAUGGAAACAUAAUAUUGAUUGAUGUUGAGGAAGUCGAAGAAAUAACCUACUGGUAUAUUCAACAGAGAAGAAAAAAGAGAGAAUCAAUCAGAAGAGAGGCAGCAGCCAUAAAGAUCCAGGCCUGGUGGCGUGGCACCCUGGUGCGCCGCACGCUGCUGCACAUGGCUCUCAGGGCCUGCAUCAUCCAGCGCUGGUGGAAGAUGACCCUGCUGAGAAUGCUGGAGAAGAAGCGGCGAGCUGCGCUGCAGGCCUACGCACAGAGGGAGAGGGCAGUGACCAAGCUCCAGUCCUUGGUGCGCAUGUGGCGCGUCCACUGGCGAUACUGCCAGGUGCUCAAUGCUAUCUACGUCAUCCAGUGCCACUGGCAGUGCCAUAACUGCCAGACAUGUGCACAACUCCAGUGCCACUGUGUGGUCACCACCACCCACCUGCAGUUCCACAUCGAGAUCAUCAACUCCUAAGGGUGUUGAUGAGCCAACAGUCUCCUGUCCACAAUAAACUGCUACUCAGAU